CCCCUUCAAGUAAAGUGUUACCCAAUAUUCUUACACUGGUUUUACUCACCUCCACACUGUGCUCCUCCUCACUUCACUUUCUGCCUCCUCGACUUGCAGUCAGACGAUACGACUGUAGCUGACAAGAGAUUGCUGACUAGUAAAGGACCUGAGUGAGACCACAAUGAUUCCUAUUUUGAAGCUCUUGCUGGCUUUGGCCACAGUUUUGGGGGUUGUAGUCAGAGGUCAGAAUCUGAUAUGUGAUGGCAAUUUUGAGAGGAAUCAGCUUCAAAACGCCGCCCAGCAAGCACUAGAUGCCAUUGGUUCUACUCGCAGGGCGACUGCUUCUCACGAGCUAGCAGACCGGGGCCAGCAUGUCUUCAACAACAACCUCCUUAAGUUCCCCCGCAGUGUUCUGGAGGACCUGCUGAAAGAUGUGGGGGGCUACGAGCAGCUGAAUAACCUGAUAGAGGACCUGAAGCCCCUCAGCCAAACUCAACAAGAUGCAAUUAGCAAUAAAAUGGUGGCCCACUUCAGUCAGGAUGAGUUGUAUGUGGAUUAUAAUGCAGCUUUGUACGGAGAGUAUGUGAGGCAGCUCCGACAGGCACUUGUGGAAUACCUCAAGGCUUAUACAUCUGACAACGGAGAUAAUAGAAGAGGAAUCCAUGAGAUUCGUCAGCAGGUGAGAAACAUCGCCAGUGAGAUGGCAAACCAUGAUGUGUAUGUGGACCCGAUGGCCCGCAAUCGCUGGCUGCUGCAGAACCAAGACCGUGCCCAAGUGUACUAUCAGGAUUCAGCUGAUCUACCCGUCUUUGUACAAGCGGAGUUGGCAGAGGAGGUCAUAAAAAUCUACAUCCUUCGGGACAAUGAUGGGGCAAUCAGCGAUGUAGGAGUUGUGAUUGAGGGCAUCACUGUCCUCCGCAAUCUUGGGAAUCUCAGCAGAGCCUGCUGCUAUCUUUUGGGACUCACGUACGCAUUGGAUUUGAGAUAUCCCAAGACCCACAAAUACUCACUUGAGGUGUUCCAAAAACUGUUUCUUGACCUGGAUCCUUCAAGACUCUCUGUUAAGCAAGCUUCAGCGGAGGAUCGCCUGUGUGGGUUCCGGCAGGACGGUCGCCCGCUGGAGAGAAAUACAAGAGGCUCCAGCCGACGCCGAGCCCGCUCCAGCCGCCGCCGGGCCCGCUCCAACUGCUGUCGAGUCCGCUCCACCAGCCCACGAGCCCACCCAAGCAGCCCACGAGCCUACUCCAGCCCAUGA